GAGUUCCAGGUCGAGCGCAUGCCCCUCGGAGAGGUGACAGCCCACGUCGGCAACGUGGCCUUGAGAAUGACAGAGAUGUUAGACUUCGCAGAGUACGCCGCCGACCAGGAGGUUGAGGGCUCGAUGAUUCCAGAGCUUUUGAGGCCGCGCUCUAUACUGAAUGGCGGGGUUACGAUUGCUGCGAAACGGCUCAACGUUCGCAAAGAUAAGUUGUCCAUCACGUCUGUGUUGUUGGCAGCGUCUAGUUUCAUACUGUGGCUUGCUUGGAUGCGAUUCUCACUUCAGCGCUUGCUCAGCGAGGUCAAGCAAAAUGGUGGACGAUCCGUCUCAUUAUUCUAUCGGUAUCGGUACGACGAGUCGCCUUUCAAAGUAGUUGUUGUAGAUUCGCCUGAGUUGUCGAACGAAUUCCUCGUGGAUGCGGUCGAGCGUGGCGACGACGUCCCUUCUCUGAUUGAUGCUGUACCUGUAAGGGACGCUGCCCCUUCGAAGCUGCUCUGCAUAGAGAUUACCAUCGGGGCGCACGUAGAGAUUGGCGGCAACCAUCGACUGGUCACGUGGACGCCCCCCAUGCCGUAUCUGUCGUUGCCUGGUACGACGUCGACGUGUUAUUUCAAUGCAUCUUCUAUGUUGCAUGAGGCCCUUGGCUUGAAGUCCUUCGAAGAAGAGUUCGAGUCCGUGCAGAGGGUCAGCUGUACCGAUGGUGAUGGGGCAUGUGCUCGGGCAGAGCGGGCGUGGAGCAUCGAUAGCGUGACGGAUACCCUCCACCAAGUUGAUCGGAUCCACCGCAUUAUGAAAUAUCGCGAGUCGGUAGUCGAGUUGUCGGGGUUGGAGAAGAAGGUAAAGCAUUGUGCACUCAGUAUGAGAUUUGGGAACUUCAUGGCGAAUUUCCGCCAUUGUGUCCGCGUUGUGUUGCUGCGUGCUGUGAGGAUAUGUAGAGAUCGGCCAGUCCCGUACAGUGGGCGCUUGAAGCUCGCCAAGGCCUUGGACGUGUUGCUACCAAAACGUAUGGCUGGCAACGUUCAGCGCCGAUGGGUCAUCGAAUCAAUGGGGUUGGUUUGGCAGGACGACACAACGCAUCUACACGUAUACGUUCCAGCUGGUGGCCCAAGUGAUACAGAUAUCAAACUACGCCUGAUCAGGGAGUUCACGCACGCGUUGGUGCAUUCUGGCCCCCAGAGCUUUCCUGGCCGAAAUUUCGUCAAGGCUGAGCAGACCCCGAACUGGAUCGCUCUCUUGGAGGUCUUCGGCGUGUUCACCAGGGCUUACCCGAUGUGGGCAGACAUGGUUGGGGGUAAGAAGCAUGUGCCGUCUGUCCGUGAUCCUUUGCCUGCACUUCUACGUGGUCUUGAACCCGAUUUGGCUGCCAUCGCGGAUGCCCCUGCCGCCGACGACGAUGCCCACGUGGCCGAUGGCGUCGCAGAUGAUGAACCCAGUAGGCAGGAACUCAACGUAGAACGGGUGAGGGCCAAGGACGAGCAGCAGGCGAAGAAGCUCGAACAGGCCAUGUACCGAGCAAAUACGCUGAAGUGGAUCAGAAGUAGUUGUGUUUACUUUGACAUGUUCAAUCUCAGCGUGGGCCUGUUGCCGCACAUAGAGCUCAUGGCGAAACACAUGUACAUCUGCGGCAAGGAUUGGGACGUGAAGCAAGCUUCGGGCGAAGUCGCAGCCAUCAAAGCUGCAUUGCAGCCAGGGGGCGGUGCUGCUUGCCGACCUGAUGGCACUCUUGUUCGGACCUUCCGUUCGCUGGAGCCGUUCCAGGGCCGCGCUGAGCAGGCCGUGCUCGAGCAGAGUCGGCGUUUGAUGGACGACGCGGCCACGUGGGACGUGCUGCCGUUCCGCGCCAGGACAGAGGAACACCAGCAUCGUGCGUUUCAGCUUUUUGUUCGAGGCCACGUCCGUAUCUCGGUGCACAAGAGCGCCAACACGAACUAUCCAUACAAACUUCUAGCCACUCUUGCGGAUCCCAGUCUUAUUCCCGAAGUUCUCUCGGAUGCCAUCUGCUGCAAAAGGUUGGACCCAUGGAGUCGGAGCUUCGUCCAGCGCCACCCCGACUUGAGCCACGAGGACGCGCGGGCUGAACUCAGGUGCCUCGCGUCGCUCAUCAAGGACGACACCUUGGACAGGGAACACGCCCACCAGCGGUUUCGGAGGUACGCGUACGUGCGGAGCGUCCAGACGAGGCCCAUUGAGUUAUCGAAGGGGAACGCGUACUGGGUGGGCUUGCAGCAGGCGGACCAGGAGAGGCGCGAACGUCGGGGGCAGCUUCGACGCAAGCUCAGCGCCUGGAAUGCGUUCUUCGUCGAGGCCUCCGCUCGGGACAGGGCGCAGGGACGUCGCAGGACUGUGCAGGAGCUCUCUCAGGAGUACGCUGGUUUGAGCGAGGAGGCCAGAACUCGUCUCAAUGAGAUUGCGGAGAGGGCGAAUGUUGCCGUCGAUGCUGGGGCUGAGAGGCCAUUGGUUCAUCUCGGUUACCUGGCGGCGGCGCGCGCCGUCGGCCCCGUUGGCGUCGGAGGUGAGGGUCAGGCGCAUCAGCUUGCCGUGCUUUCUGCAGAUUGGGGCAGGAUUGAGGUUUGGAGGCAGUCAGCUCGGCGAGAGAUGGCUGCCGCGUCUCAGCGAGCAUGCGAGGACGCAGCAGCUCGCCGCGACCACCAUGUCGUCGGGCACGGCAGGGAGCAGCUCGCGAGACUUGCCGAUCAACUCCCCGCUUGGGCGUCUGCUGCCCAAGGCAACGUGAUGCCAGAGCCUUCUCUUUCACACAGCUUCGCGCACUAUCACGCUGCUUUCGAUGCACGGCCCUUGGCAUCAAAACUGGCCUCGGUGCGGACCAAGGGUAGAGCCGCUAGGCCAGUCGCUCACCUGAAGGGGGACAUCCUGAAGUGCUGGGCCCACUUGAACCGCACAAUCCUGGAUCCCAAGGUCGAGAAGGUCACUGAGGCAGAGCCCCCGAAGCCUGUGGACACUGUGUGCUUCCGCGCCAAUGAUUGCAUGUGUGGUGAGGGCGGGCAGUCACGCAGCCUGAUCAAGUCACGGUUGGAGACAGUUGUUAAGCAAUCGUUCAAACUUCCAGUGCAGAAGCGGCUCCUACAUACUUGCAACGUGUUCGCCAUCUUUGUGGGUGAUCUACCUGAUCGAUCUCCAGAUGCUGCCCCUGGCGCUGCCUCCCGAGUUCACUGCAUGGUAGUCGGCGAUCUCCUCUUGAAGCCAUUCGAUAUCUUCUGGGGCGCCAUCGGUGGCCGCAAUGUUGACCUCGCCAGCUUCAUCGCCAGGGGCGCUGAUUCGCCGAGCAUGCACGCGGCCGUCGACGUCGCUAUCCCGCUCCAGUACCAAUACGAGGGUUAUUUGUCGUGGGAUGUGGUGAAGCUCCUCGACCUCAGCAUGAAGUGGGAGGUCGCUUUCUUCGAGGCGCACUUCUCGGGCAUGACAGGUGCUUUCCGACCUUGCUGCGCGUCGGCAGUGCAUCGCGGUGACCGACGAUUACAUUUGUUGUGGGACCCGCUGCGGAAACGGAAGAAGCGCCAGCGGCUUCAUUCCGAACUGUCAGAUUGGCUCGCGAUUGCCGAUGCCGACGACGAGCUGUACGGGGAGGGCGCUGCUGGCAAAGCAGACAAGGGCGGUGCGAAGCACGGUGACGAUGACUACGAUGGCGACCUCGGAGCCGACGGCGGAAGUGCAGGUGCUGAGGGCAGCUCUGUUGAAGAUUGUAGCGACCGCGGGGUUUCGGAGUCGAGCUCGUCAUCCAGUUCGUCGUCUCGUUGGGGGUCCAGCAGCUCGAGCUCAGAUGGCAGCGAUGGGCGUGAACCUGAAGGCCCUGGCGGAGACUGCGACGCCCCCGACGUCGUCCCAGACGACCCUCCUCAUCGUGACCCACCUGGAUACCGUGCAGAUGGCCAUGGCGGGCCCGUCGGCGCAGCGGGCGACUGGGUCAGGAUCGACGUCCCUGGCGGGCACUUGAUGUGGAGCCGCAACCACAGCAAGCUCGACGCUCACUGCGGCGUUCACGGAAAGUCGUGCAAGUGCGACCGCACGUAUCGGAGUGGGCAGAAACCACUUGGUCGCCAGCUUGCGUGGUUGGAGAUGGUGCACGUCGAGGGCGUGGCUGUCGACCAGGACACCCACAGCAGGGAGCUGAAGGACCUCGUCGGCACGAGGGACUACUAUGGCGUUCGCCAGUGGUGCCGAUCGAAGUUCGAGGAGUUCGCCGACGGCAACCCCAUUGCCAAGGCGUUGGUGGAGCACGAGUCCCCAGAGGGCCCAGGGCAGGAGCCCCAGGUUUCACGGUGA